CGCUACAACGGUUAUACUGCGUCGGCCAUUUGUCUUUGUGAGCGUGACAGAAAAAGUUCUGUAAAAAACGAGCGAGAAUUUCAGCAAGCAAGGAAAAGCAAUCGUCUGAUUUAAACUGGAAAAAAUGGGUUCGCGCAACGAGUGCCGCAUCUACGUGGGCAACCUUCCGCCGGAUAUCCGCACAAAGGACAUCCAGGAUCUAUUCCACAAGUUCGGCAAAGUUACGUUUGUCGACCUGAAGAAUCGGCGUGGGCCGCCAUUUGCUUUUGUUGAGUUCGAAGAUGCGCGCGAUGCUGAUGAUGCGGUGAAGGCGCGCGAUGGCUACGACUACGACGGGUACCGACUGCGGGUAGAGUUCCCGCGGGGCGGUGGACCGGGCAGCUACCGAGGCGGCAACCGCAACGACCGCAGCCGGGAUGGUGGCGGACGCAUGGGCGGUCGUGGACCGCCGGCCAAGCGCUCGCAGUACCGCGUCAUGGUCACCGGGCUGCCCGCCUCCGGAUCGUGGCAGGAUCUCAAGGAUCACAUGCGUGAGGCCGGCGACGUCUGCUUCGCCGACACCUACAAGGAUGGAUCCGGCGUGGUAGAGUUCCUGCGCCACGAGGACAUGAAGUACGCUAUCAAAAAGCUUGACGACUCGCGCUUCCGUUCGCAUGAGGGCGAGGUUGCCUACAUUCGGGUGCGCGAGGAUAGCGGCGACAACGACCGCAGUGGUGGCGGAGGAGGCAGCGGAGGAGGUGGUGGCGGCAGCGGCGGUGGUGGUGGUGGUGGGGGAGGCCGCGACUACCGCGACAGAUCGCGCUCGCGCUCUUUCUCGUCAAGGCCGCGCCGUCGGGGCACACCCACUUACUCCCCAGUUCGACGUCAAUCUUAUUCCAGGUCUCGCUCACGCUCUAAUUAUUAAACACUACCAAGCAUUAUCCAUUAAUCUAUAAUAUUUCUACGAGCAGGAAACGUUAGGAAAAGCAAGCUAAAUUAAGAAACCACAUACAAUAUAUGUUCAAGACCCCCAUAUAUGCCACUUUGUAAAUUUGACUAUCCAAGCCAUCAGCGAACCAUUCAAGUUUGAUCAGUCAAGUUCCGAAUUCUCAUCGAAGACAACUAAUUUCAAACACAACUUGCUUUUCCAAAUGUAUAACACGUUCUGAGAAGCAGAGAAGUUCUCUUAAAUUACAAUUCGCAGGGCAUAAUUUGACAAAAACAGUUCGAAAAUGGCAAUUGUAAACCAGGGAAUUUUAUAGGCUGCAACCCUUGACCAUUCCUUGAUUUGCUUUUGUUUUAUUUUGAGCCUUUGCUCUGCCCCUGAACACAAAAUUUAUAAUAUAAACUCAAUUUUGGCUGCAUAUUUACCAAGCAUUAUUUAUUAGAAUCUACCUUAACGAAAACAAGAAACAUCGAUACAGAAUAAAUAUGUCUAUAAUGAGAGAAACAGAAA